AUGGCAGCCCAAAGAAAAAAGUUACCAGAUCAGUUCAUAGGUUGGCUUCAAACUUGCUUCACUUCUGCUUCCUUUAGAAUAGCAGUUAAUGGAGAAUUGGUAGGGUAUUUCCCGGGGGAAAAAAGACUUAGACAAGGUGACCCAAUUUCAUCUCUUCUCUUUGUUCUAGCAAUGGAUAUUCUCUCCAAGAAGCUGGACAGAGGGUUAUUCAAACAGGGUUUUGGACCUCAUCCUAUGUGCAUAGCCCCAGUAGUCACUCAUCUCAGCUUUGCAGAUGAUGUUCUGAUUUUCUUCGACGGUCAAGAGUGCUCUCUGCAGUGCAUCUUGGAGAUUUUGGAGGAUUUUAAGACCAAAUCUGGUUUAGGUAUUAACAGAACCAAGACCGCUUUAUUUCUUGAGGGAGGGAACUUUCAAAGAACUCAGGAAAUGGCAGAUCGAGUGGGUAUCACACAGGGAGCCCUUCCAGUGAGAUAUUUGGGCGUUACAUUAACCUCGAAGAAGAUGACAAGGCAGGAUUAUCGUCCCCUCAUUAAUCGUAUUAUGGGCCGGUUCACCGCUUGGAAUGUGAGACAUCUCUCCUUUGCGGGGAGGCUCCAGCUGCUGCAAUAG